GUGCGUGCGUCCGCGCCGCCUCCCUGCGCCGGCGUACCGGAGGGCACCAACGCCAACUGCGCACGCGCAGCCUCCUUUUCCCGUCCCCGCCCCGGCAGCUCUAAGUGGGUGGGCCCGCCCUUGGCGGAAAGAAGGAUUUCUUUUUCCGGGUCGCGCUUUGGGUUCUGGUCAGCACCCCGAAUCCGGGGUUACGAGGUGAACGGGAGGCUGGGAAGGGCAUCUGAAACUCAGGCUUCGAUCCUCUCGGAAAACGAAUAGGUGUGACUCUACGGAGAAUUCAGCAAGGAAGCAUCUCAGCCGUCUCUGUCCGAUGGAUAUUUCGUAGAUAGGAAUCGACGUGGCCAAAUCGGUGUUGUCUUGGCUGGAGGCAUUGGUUUCGUUUGACAGUUCUUCUGGAGUCUUCCUGGAUGCGGGAGACUGGGUGAACGAACACUGGAGAGACCUUUGUGCGUAAUGUGUCGUUCACGUGACAAGUAGCUGAGUCGGGGAUCGGAACCCAGAUUCUUCGGGUUCACGACUUCUAUCUACUUCUUCCAGAUUAAACAGCGCAAGUUUUUAGUUAAAAAAUAAUUUGGCCGCAACCUGUGGUAUGGGUUGGGAAGAUAAGGAGGUCAAAGUACUCCACUGAAGCUAUAAUCAAGGCCUAAUGCGGCCGCCGUACGGCGGGGUGGCAAGAUGGCGGCUCCAGUUCUUGCAGGGGCUGUGAGAGUAGCAUCAGGAAUCUUACGACCCCUGAAUGCUUUGGCGUCUUCAGCCUAUCGAAACUGUGCCAAGAAUGCCCGUCUUAGUUCUGCACUGUCCACCCGACAUCUUUGUCAUAUUCAGACUCCAGUUGUUUCCUCUGCGCCCAGACUUAUGACAUCUGUCAGAAACCUGGCAUGGGGGCACACUGGAACAAUCCUCAGUAGAGUGGCCCCCCUGCUUCCAGAUGUGCUGAAGCUCCCUGUCAGAACCGUGACAUACUACAGUGUACGAAAAGGCAAGAGAAAGACUGUGAAAGCUGUCGUCAAAAGGUUUCUCCGACUUCAUUCUGGCCUUUGGCUGAGGAGGAAGGCUGGUUAUAAGAAAAAAUUAUGGAAGAAGACGGCUGCAAGGAAAAAGCGCCUGAGGGAAUUUGUGUUCUGCAAUAAAACCCAGAGUAAACUCUUAGAUAAAAUGACGACGUCGUUCUGGAAGAGGCGAAACUGGUAUGCUGACGAUCCUUACCAGAAGUACCAUGACCGAACAAACCUGAGAGUGUAGGUCAGAAGUGCUGUGACGCCCCUGUUACUGGAUAUGCAUCUUUGGGUAUAUGAUGUCUUUGCAAAAAUGAAUGUAAGAGUUGAUGUACUGACUGAUAUGGAAACAUAGUACCAACAUUAAACUUAUCAGAGUUUUAAAAUGUAA